UUGAUCGAUUUUUUACUUUUCCUUCCAUUCCAAUCUUCACUACCACUAUGCCUAUGCUGUAAGUAUGGCUUUGUCUCUGCAGGAUCUUCCUUACUUCCUUACUUCCUCUUGAAAAGCUCCGAUCCUUCCAAAAAGUACCGACCAUACACUCCCAUUAACCUCAAGGACCGUCAAUGGCCAUCGAAAACGUUUUCCAAAGCACCAAUCUGGCUUUCCACCGACCUUCGUGAUGGAAACCAAUCCCUCGCUAACCCCAUGACAAUCGAACAAAAAACUACCUUCUUCCAGAUGCUGGUCAAGGCUGGGGUGAAGGAGAUCGAAGUUGCAUACCCUGCUGCCAGUGAUACCGAUUUUGAUUUUGUUCGUGGAUUAAUAGAGAAGAAGCAGAUACCAGAUGAUGUUUGGAUUCAGGUCUUGACUCCUGCACGAGAAGACCUCAUUAGGCGAACUAUCGACGCGGUCGCUGGAGCGAAGAAAGCUAUUUUACAUAUGUAUAACGCAACAAGCCCUACCUUCCGAAACGUCGUUUUCCGUAACACAAGAGAGGAAACGAUUGAACUGGCUGUUAGAAAUACGAAAGUUGUCCGUCAGCUAACUGAAGAAUGCACUGCGAAGUACGGAACGAAGUUUAAAUACGAAUACAGCCCAGAAACGUUUACUCAGACCGAACCCGAGUUUGCGUUGGAGGUAUGCGAGGCUGUCAAGGCAGCAUGGGGUAAAGCCGGGAAUGGGGAAGAUCGUAUUAUUUUCAACCUUCCUUCAACUGUGGAAAUAGGACCGCCAAACCACUAUGCUGAUCAAAUAGAAAACUUCUGUCGCAACGUCUCGGAGAGAGAGAAAGUUAUUGUGAGUCUACACCCACACAACGAUCGAGGUACCGGAAUUGCGUCGGCUGAGCUUGGUGUAUUGGCUGGUGGAGACAGGAUAGAAGGAUGUUUCUUCGGAAAUGGGGAACGUACCGGAAAUGUCGACCUGGUCAAUCUCGCUCUGAAUCUCUACACACAAGGCAUCAAGCCCAAUCUAGAUUUCAGUGAUCUUCCUUCCGUCAUUGACAUCGUCACACAGUGUAACGACCUUCCCGUGCACCCUCGCCAUCCAUACGCCGGAGAGUUGGUGUCUACCGCGUUCUCCGGAUCACACCAGGACGCUAUCAAAAAAGGCUUCGAGGCCCAAAAGAUUCGGCAUGCCGAGGCUACUGCAAAAGGUGGCAACCAGUAUUGGGACGUGCCCUACCUGCCUGUCGACCCAGCAGACCUUGGUCUCACAUACGAGGCCGUCAUUCGGGUCAACUCACAGUCAGGCAAAGGAGGCAUCGCGUAUCUCAUCAAACAACAUCUAGGUCUGGAUCUACCACGAAAAGUCCAGAUCGCAUUCUACCAGGUUGUACAGGUCAUAUCGGAUCGCGAGGCAAGAGAGAUGACUGUGGACGAUAUUACUACCGCUUUCAGAACGACAUAUCACUUGGGUGGUGGAGCUUUCAAGGGCAGGUUAUCGUUGAGGAAUUUCAAGAUAUCUGCAGAGCCAAGCGACGACAAGGACAAUUCUGGAGAUGAAGAUGAACAGCGUCGCCGAUUCGAUGGUACUGUCUCUGUGGAUGGAACUCUCAGAGUUAUCAGGGGAGAUGGAAAUGGUCCCCUGUCAGCUCUUCUAGAUGCCUUGAAAACGCAUCUGGACAUCGACUUGGCGAUCCGAGAAUACACUGAACACGCUGUGGAGGGAAGCGAACAUUCCCGCGCAGCAAGUUAUGUUGAAGUCGUCCCCGCUGGCGAUAGAAAGUCCUCACAGUCAUGGUGGGGAGUUGGUCUCGAUUCCGACAUUGCUGGUUCAGGUCUGCGUGCUGUUCUCAGCGCAGUUAACAGCGCAAUCGGUGAAAGGUCAUUGCCCGAACUGAAGCUAACUGUCGGCUUUAACUCCAAGUCUGGGCAAGCCGAUGUUGCGAGCGUUAUCGUCAACGCUUUGGGAUUAGAGCUCCCUAGGAGAUUUCAGUCAUCAUUUUUCGAAAUCGUGCAGCGUGCGGCGAGGGAUGCGGGCGGCGAGAUAUCUAUUGGCGCUUUGACGGAUCUCUUCCAAGAGACGUACGGGUACAACAAGGAGACACCUCGAAGCACUCAAUUCGGCUUGGAUUCGUUCAAACUUGAACAUCUGGAUGGAAGUCGACGGUCCUUGUCGGGAGAGGUGAUUCUCCAUGGCAAGAAACGAUCGAUCAAGGGCGAAGGGAAUGGACCUUUAUCGUCCGUGCUCGCUGCCCUUCACACCCAGAUCAAUGGCAAUCUGUCCAUCAGGGAGUACUCCGAACACUCCGUUGGUGAAGGCGCUGAGGUUGUGGCAGCAUCAUACGUCGAAUUGGUGUACGAAGUACCUGAACAAAAACACAGGAGAAGUGCGUGGGGUGUCGCAGUUGACACUGACAUCACUGCUUCUGGUCUGAAGGCCGUCUUGAGUGCUGUAAGCAGUCUAGACGUCUCUAUCAAAGGAGUUGAAGUGAAUGGCGUUUGAGAGCGACAACAAAAAAAAAGGCACAGAUAUGUAGACCAUCUCAAAAUAAAAUCAAAUUUUUGAUUUGCUCGAU